AUGCUUCUUUCGCCUCUUCGUCGUCAUGUUCUUAGGACAGUCCCUCGACUCUGGCCUCAACAGAGGUCUAUAGUCGGCCUUUCGGCGGCUAAACAGCUCUGGGGGAACAGGCUUGUGAUCUCAGAAGAGGUUGAAAGUGCGCUUCACUCUCUCGACCCAGUGAUCGCCCUCGAGUCGACAAUCAUCACCCAUGGCAUGCCCCCGCCUGUCAAUCUCUCGACUGCUCAGUCUCUCGAGUCUAUCAUCCGCUCCCACUCGGCUGUCCCUGCUACAGUCGCUAUCAUUGACGGCGUCAUUCACGUCGGUCUUACUGCAAAACAGCUCGAGCAGAUUGCCGAUAUCGAGUCUGAGAAAGGCAAGGGCGCUGUCAAAGUCUCUCGACGUGAUCUCGCCCCCGCCCUCGCUCUCAAGAAGACCGGAGGAACCACUGUGGCUGGUACAAUGUAUAUUGCCAGCAGCCUCGGCAUCAAGGUCUUCGUCACCGGUGGUAUCGGAGGAGCGCACCGCGGCUCAGAGAACAGUAUGGAUAUCUCGGCGGAUCUGCUCGAGCUUGGCAGGACGCCUAUGGCAGUUGUCUGUGCUGGGGCAAAGUCAAUCCUUGAUAUCCCAAGGACUUUGGAGGUUCUUGAAACGCAAGGUGUAUGUGUUGCGACUUUUGGAGGAAAGGAAUUCCCAGCAUUCUACCACCCCAGCUCUGGCUGCCAAAGCCCUUGGUCUGUCCCCGACGUCAGCUCGGCUGCUGAUCUUAUCCACAAUUCGCUCACCCUCCCAACACCACUGAGCACCCUCCUCGCCGUCCCCAUCCCGGACGAACAUGCCGAGGCUGGCUCUGCUGUGCAGACCGCUGUCGAGCAAGCUGUUCGCGGAAGCAUCGAGCAAGGCAUAGAUAAGCGAGGCAAGGAGGUCACUCCUUGGCUUCUCAAGCGCGUUGGAGAAUUGACUCAAGGUACUGCUCUCGGUCUCAAUGUCAAAUUGAUCGAGAACAAUGCCAGAAUCGGAAGUCAAGUCGCAGUCAAGGUCGCAGAACUUGCCAAGAGUCAGGUCGAUGCAUCCUCUGCCCUCUACGUUCCUUUCUCUCUCUCAUCCACUCCCUCUUCCCCAUCCAAACCACCCAAGACCGUCCUCCCCACCCCUGCUCCGCCCGCAUCCUUGCCCCGGCCUACGACCCUAGUAUUCGGUUCUGCCGCUAUUGACCUCACGUCGACUUCGCCCCAUGCUCUGGCUCCGGGCACGACUACCCCCGGAACAGUGUUCCUCUCCCCCGGAGGCGUAGGCCGAAACAUUGCUGAAGCAGCUCAAAACCUCUCUCCGUCCCACUCUGUACAGCUCGUCUCUGCAUUCGGCUCUCUCCCGUCCUCUGCCGAGGCGGUAGAGCCAGAUCCCUUUGGCAAGGUUUUGAUGCUGGAACUGGCGUCCUCGGGGAUGAGGGCAGAUGGGCUGGUGGGGAGGGAGGGGAAGAGUACGGCGGUGUGUAGUCUCACGUUGGAGAAGGCGGGAGAUCUGGUGGCUGGUGUCGCAGAUAUGGGUAUUGUAGAGUCUUUGACUGAAGAUGUGGUGGAGAAAAAGAUCCAGGAGGAGAAACCGAAGAUGGUAGUGUUCGACCUGAAUCCUUUGGAGGGAUCUAUCAAGUCUAUCUUGAAGACUUCUAAAAGUCUGAACAUUCCCACUUUCUGCGACCCAACGUCUACACCAAAACUUCCCCGUCUCAUACCUGCUUUGCUCAGCCUGCUUCCCUCUUCCCCCGCCUCCCCUCGCCCCCUCACGCACCUAUCCCCCAACGUCCUCGAACUCGACCUCCUCCAUUCCCUACUCGCCGAAACAGCAUCAGAAGACACUUCUGCCGUCUCUUGGGAAUACAUAAACUCUCUCAACCUCGACGCUACCUGGCGGUCCAAGGCGGAGACAUUCACCAACAAGAAGGGGCGAGAGUGGAUCCGACAAGAAGGAAUGGUGCAGAAGAUGGUGGCGUGUUUGCCGUAUGUGCAAAGCUUUUGGGUCAAGGCCGGGCAUCGAGGACUUUUGCACUUGCGCCUCACCUCGACGCCCCCGUCUUCGUCAGCCGACAGCAUAGUGCACAAGCUGGGGCAGCAGCAUGAAGGCUCCUACCUCGCUUUGACUGUCUACUCGCCUCCCACGAUCAAGCCUGAAGAGAUCGUCAGCACUACUGGGGCUGGUGAUACACUCGUCGGGGGGCUUGUAGCGGGUUUGGUGGGUCAAAACGGAGAGGCGGAAGAAGUGUGGGUGGAGAGAGCAUUGGAUAGGGUAGGGAGGAGUUUGAGGAGUCGACGUGCUGUUGGAUGA